AUGAUUCCUCUGAAUGUUAAUAUUCUACUGACCGUUUUGACGAUCCAGCGAUAUUUGAUUGUAUGUUGCCCUCCAAGGUAUCACGAGUACUUGAGAGGGUGAGAUUUGUUUAAAAAGUGCAACGACAAGAGCGAGUUAUCCUUUUUCAAAAGGUACUGUAGGCGAAAGUCCGUAUUUGGCGUGUGCACUGAGCGUGUUUGCACAUUUUGAUGAGUCCCGUCUUUUUCUAUUUUUAUGUCCUGUUUUAUAAAAAGUCAGAAUGAACUUUUUAGGAAAUUUUUUUGUUUCCUCGAGUUGUGAUUUGUUUCGAUUAGAUUUGAAUGAAAAAAACGCAAAGUUGGGGCACCCAAAAUGUGAAUACACGUUAAUUGCGGACUUUCACAUACAGUAGCCUUACGGAAAAAUAGACUCGUCCUUGUCGCUGUGCCAUUCAUAAAGGAAAGAUAAUCAGGUAAUUUUCCAGAAACAAUCUGAAGUACUGUGUUUGGGCGGCUUGGCUGUACUGCUUUUUCCACUUGGCCUUCCUUUUCUGUGAGCUGGAUUCAAACUAUUUUUACAGAGUUCUUAUCAUUCAGAUUGUUGCGACUACACUCCUCUCAGUCCUCUAAUUCGGUGCCAGCAUACCAGAGACGCCUUGAUUGUUCAUGUAAGCUGUUUUUUUCUUUCUCUUUCCACCUGUGUUUUGUUUUUCAGGGUUUCGCCGUGGUUGACAAACUUUUAGCGGCGUUGAGUAUCGUUUUAUAUUAUUUAAUCUACAGAAAAGUUUAUGUUUUGGCCGCGAUGGUUUCCAGCAAGCAUUAUCGACCGGAGAAGAGGGUUAUGAAGCAGGCCUUGCCUUUCACCAUAGCUAAAAUGGUAAGAGUGAGUUCCAAAGACAGUUCCAUAGAAAUUCAUAAAACUCAUUGUGGCCUUCAAAAACUUAGCCGUUUCUUACAAGGAAGGUACUUCCCUACGAACUGAAACUAGCAGGAAGUUUGUUCGAAUAAAAAAUACGUCCUCCUUAGGAACUACCACAAAAAAGGUUACUCUUGAGUUACUAGUUCUUCUUUGUCUGCAAACUGAUUCUAAAUACCAUUUUUGAUUCUAAAUACAAUUUUUGAUUCUAAAUACAAUUUUUCUGAUUCUAAAUACAAUUUUCUAUGAACUCUUCCAAGUUACAGCUCCUACUGGUUCUGGUCCUGCCUCCAUGGCUUCUGAACUCGACUUUUCGGCAAGUUCCGAUCAUCUACACUUUCUACGCCUUGGACUAUUUUCUCAUCCCAACAGUCAUCCCACUUUCUCUACUUUCAUCCCUUUAUCAACAAUACAAAAGCAAACCAGUCGUUUCUCAACCAGCCAGCCAAAUUUCCCGAUCGAAGGCCAAUUUGCAAUAA